CAUGCAAAGAGCGCUCAUUCUUUCUCCGCCAUCUUGGAUCCACAAAGUUCAAACGUUUCGGCGUUUUUACCGGUUUAUAUCUCAUAAAUGUUCUAUAAGUACAGCUCUUUCGGAGGACGACUAACACCUUCGGAAGCCAAUUCAGCCUUUCAGGCCCAGAGUCUUCGUAGUUUAAAGGUCACCAGUGUUGAUACUGCAGCAGAGAUGGCAUCGUCAUCUGGAGCAAGUAUUGCCCAGGAAGUCAACAAGCUCUCUCGGUUUCAACGAUUAUUCCAGACUGGAGAAGCCCCUAUUCAUCUAAGGGGAGGAGCCAAGGAUAUCAUGACCUACCGUGGAGCUAUGGUUCUAUCAGUUGUCGGCAUUGGAGUUUCACUUUUUACCAUUUUUCAAAUGGCAACAGGGCAGAUGAAGAAGAAGUCUGGUUGAUACUGACGGAAUUGGAAGAACAGUUGCAAUUUGCUGUUUAUUCUUAGGCUUAUUUUGAAAAUUUUAUAUUCUGGUGGAAUUGCUGAUUCAAUUCUUUGUACUACAUCCUUUCUUGAGGAAUUAAAACUUGUCUUAUCUGA